AAAGUUUCAUAACGUUCUUAAUUUUCAUGACCAUGGGCGCUAUGAAAUUAAACAUAAAACUCUAUCUAGGUUUAAACGCUGUCAUUUGGCCUUUGAAUGCGUUGCAAAUUAACUACAAAAAGACUGAAGAAUCAAAAAACAGAUCGACCAAUCUGGAUCAGCAUGUUUUUGGUAUUAUCACAAAAUUAUAAAAGCAACAUCUCCACUAGCAAGCGACCAGGAGCGCGCGCGCACAACAGACACAAGUUUGAUCGGUUUAAAGCAGUGUCCAGCUUUUUGAUUAUAAAAUGAAGUUGCGGUGGACGAAUGCAACAGUUUACAGUAGCAAAAAUACAAAUCAAAUCAAUUAGCAUACAGUAUUUAAAAACCAUAACUGAGUUCUGUGUAAAAAUAAAUAAAACACACCUAAAAAACAUGCAUCCAAAAAUUAGAUUUUUUAUUUCACACAGUUAAAUAAGCUCCCAACAUGUCAUAUCGUUUUUAUUGUAUAGGUUGAAUUAAGUAAAGGCUUAUGGGUUAAAUGCCGUCUGCGCUCGAGCGCUGGAUGUACGGGAGGAGAGAGUCUCUUCAGCGAUUGGCCAACUGUGUGACAGCUCCCCCGCUGAUUGGCCGGGAACCGAUGCCCGUCCCCUUUUCGCUCCAGCUAGAGGACCAUUCAUAAACUAAACAAUUCCAACACUCAAGGAGUCUGAACAACUGCACACUGGCGCACAGUUUUCACGCGCAAACACAAGUGAGAGAUGAUGACGUGACGCACGGAGAUUUAUCCUGCAGCUGAUACUGGCGUAAAAACUUUUCAAGUCGCACUGCGUUGCAUCCAUCCGUUUCCUGGUCCAAACUUGACGUCUAUCCGCUGUGGGCGCAAACUUCAUCACUUUUUUUUCUUCUUCUUCAUCUUUUACUUUGCUGGGAGUUGUGCCUCUGGCUUCAUCGGUAAGCAUUGGAUCCAUCGGCGUACUGCGAAACCCCGGUCUACAGUCCGGAUCUGUGCCCAAAUAUGAUUGCAACGCAAGCAAAGCUGGUUUACCAGCUCAAUAAAUAUUACAACGAAAGAAGUCAGGCGCGCAAAGCGGCCAUCGCCAAAACCAUCCGAGAGGUGUGUAAGGUGGUGUCGGACGUGCUGAAGGAGGUGGAGGUCCAGGAGCCCCGCUUCAUCAGCUCCCUGAGCGAGAUAGACGCGCGCUAUGAGGGCAUGGAGGUCAUCGCACCCAACGAGUUCGAGGUCGUGCUUUACCUGAAUCAGAUGGGAGUCUUUAACUUCGUGGAUGACGGCUCUCUCCCGGGCUGCGCGGUGCUCAAACUCAGCGACGGCCGUAAGAGGAGCAUGUCCCUGUGGGUGGAGUUCAUCACCGCCUCCGGUUAUCUGUCGGCGCGGAAGAUCCGCUCCCGCUUCCAGACGCUGGUGGCCCAGGCCGUGGAUAAAUGCAGCUACCGGGACGUGGUUAAGAUGGUAGCGGACACGAGCGAAGUGAAACUGCGCAUUCGGGAGAGAUACGUGGUGCAAAUAACCCCGGCCUUCAAGUGCACGGGUAUCUGGCCUAGAAGUGCCGCUCAGUGGCCCAUGCCUCACAUCCCGUGGCCCGGGCCGAACCGGGUGGCGGAGGUGAAAGCAGAGGGGUUUAACCUCCUCUCUAAAGAGUGCUACUCGUUAACGGGCAAACAGAGCUCGGCGGAAAGCGACGCUUGGGUCUUGCAGUUCGCCGAGGCCGAGAACAGGCUUCUGAUGUCGGGCUGUAGAAAGAAAUGUCUCUCUAUUUUAAAGACUCUCCGUGACCGACACCUCGAGCUACCGGGACAGCCGCUCAAUAACUACCACAUGAAGACCCUGCUGCUGUACGAGUGCGAGAAACACCCGCGGGAGACCGACUGGGACGAGUCGUGCCUCGGUGACCGUCUGAACGGUAUUCUGCUGCAGCUCAUCUCCUGUCUGCAGUGCCGCCGGUGCCCACAUUACUUCUUACCCAAUCUAGACCUGUUUCAGGGCAAACCACACUCAGGCCUGGAGACAGCGGCCAAACAGACCUGGAGACUGGCGAGAGAAAUCCUCACCAACGCGAAAAGUUUGGAUAAACUGUGAGAUGCACAAAGGAAGACGUUUAUUUUAUUUCGGAGAAUAACGAACGCUUGAGAUCGAAACACUGAAAGUGGAGAGAAUGUGAUCGUGAUGGUGCUCUCCGCGUAAUGAAACCAAGAACAUGAUGAGAUUAAAAUAAAACACGCCGAAGCAUUAGCCCAGGCUCAAACGGGACACUGCAGGAGAGACACACGAAGGUACAUUUUAAACGAAGUGUAAAGAUAUUGUUGCUUUUAACUCUUUUCACAAAGUGAAAUUUUUAUUUAAAUAUAUGCACAAGAUCUUUAAUUGCGAAUUACAGAAUGUAGCGUGCCAAGGUCAAACGCUUUCAUGAUGUGAUCAAAAACUGAAACGUGUAAUAAAAUCAUGUGCACGAUGGAAUUUAAA